CUAUGUCAGCCCUCCCAAUGGAUGGCAGCUGUUUUUUCCCCUCUCGCCCUGUCACUCUAGUUCCUUGUGGUGCUGGGACGGCAAACUUUUGUGCGUUAAAACCCAGGAAGGGUAAACUCUUUAUCCUCCAUGGAUCUUUAAAGUGAGAUGUUGGGCAGGACAAGGAAAAAGCUGAGUUUUCAGGGGAAUACCGGAUGCUUUUUGGAAGGCUUUAAUUAGCAGCUUGUGUGAACUUUUAUCUCUGAAGUAUGACGGAAAAAGAGAUUCUUGAACCGCCUGCAUCACCCACAUCUGAAGGCAGGAAAGGGCUGCAGAAGCUAAAGCAACUUUUCCAACGCAAGCCCAAGGAGGAGCUUGUCCCAGAGGAACUACAAGCCAAUGGGGAGCUGGUCACCCCUUCGGGGGGACCCAUCUACUACUAUGAGGAAGAGGAGGAGGACGAAGAGGAGGAGUUGGAGCCACCACCGGAGCCAGAAAAACCAGUCAACGACAAACCUCACAAGUUCAAGGAUCAUUACUUCAAAAAGCCCAAGUUUUGUGACGUCUGUGCCCGCAUGAUUGUCCUCAACAAGAAGUAUGGCCUGAGAUGUAAGAACUGCAAAACCCAUAUCCAUCAUCACUGCCAGAGCUACGUGGAAUUUCAGCGCUGCUUUGGAAAAAUUCCUCCAGGUUUUCGUCGUGCCUACAGCUCUCCAUUGUACAGUGCCCAGCAACAAGCGAACCGAAGCGAUCCUGUGUUUGAGACGCUGCGAACAGGUGUCGUCAUGGCAAAUAAGGAGCGCAAGAAAGGACAGGAUGACAAGAAGAAUCCACUGGCUGCUAUGAUGGAGGAAGAGACAGAGGCCCCUAAGCUAGAGGGUGGCAAACCAGAGGAAGGAAAUCCAGAGGGAGACAAGAAAACCGAAAAGAAUGCCCCAGAUGAUAAGAACAAGAAACAGCAGACUGGAUUUCCCCAGUCUCACUACUUCAUUGCUCUUUAUCGCUUCAAAGCCUUGGAGAAGGAUGACCUGGAUUUCCACCCUGGGGAUAAAAUUGCCAUUGUUGAUGAUUCUAAUGAAGAAUGGUGGCGGGGCAAGAUUGGAGAGAAAAUUGGAUUCUUUCCUCCAAAUUUCAUUAUACGUGUACGAGCAGGAGAACGGGUGCACAAGGUGAUGCGGUCCUUCGUGGGCAACAGGGAAAUUGGGCAGAUCACGUUAAAAAAAGAUCAGAUUGUGGUGCAGAAGGGCGAAGAGCUGAACGGGUACGUGAAAGUCUACACUGGCCGCAAGGUGGGGCUCUUCCCCGUCGACUUCCUCCAAGAGAUCUGAGGCCCAACUCUGGCAUUUAAAAUGGUUUCCCAGCCAGGGCCAGAAAGGGCCAGGUCGUUUCCUUGGGGAGCAGCUCCCAGCUGAGAAGGACUCUCGACAAUGGAGUUGGGUUCUGCGAGAGCUCACGAGUGAUGAUAAUAUCCUACCAAGGCCCAUAUCUCUGAGCUAGCAUUCAAGGCGAGGAGUGUGUGGAGCUGUCACUUUGAAGGCCUCUGCGCUCUCCUAAGUGCUCUUUGGACUCUGUGGUUUGGUGGCGGCAGAUCCCAGAAGGGGUUUGGCCAUCACCUUUGAUGAUGCAACCACGGGGGUGCUGAGAUGUGGCCCAAGCUGCUUCCUGUCUGAAAAGGAAGCGGACAGAUGAUUAUUCAUGUCGACUGCCAGACUCCGUUAAUGGCAUUUGCUGCUCUCUUCUGCAAGUGGCACCAAGCUUGUGUGGUUGUGUGUGUGUAUUUAUUUGGAGACAAAUGGCUGUCCCUUUGCUGGCGGGGGGCUGCCCUGGCUUCUGGUGUUACUUCCAUUGCUUAAAUCUUGUUAUGUUUUGCCGAUAUGUGUUAUCUCUCUAUCCCCGAUGUUCUAUCUACCUUGGCAUAAAGCAGCAGGAUUUUGGAUUGGUGUCCAACGAAGAAGGCCUGGCUGCUUACGUAAAGUGUGGGGCAAUUUGGCUCCUGUUACGUUAAAGAAAUAUACCUCUCUCAUUAUCUUCUUGCUUAGUUUUUCCUGCUGAUUUAAAAGGAAUUCUUGCUAUGUCUUCUCCUUUUGAUAACCUAACCUCAGUUAUGAGGAAGAUUUGAUGUAUUAGACUCCAUUUUUUUUUUGGCAAAAUGUGUGCACAUACAUUUCUCUGGAGAUAACAACUACUGUGGCUUUCUUUGUUGACAUGCACUGGGGGGAAGAAUGUUCCGGGUAUCUGUUGGGUUGACCCACAAGGAAAUAAGAGUUUGGUUGGUAUGGAAAACUAGUGCUUGCUGUUUCUGAGCCACUGAUGUACUUUGAGAUGGUUUGGGUGUGCCUGGAUUCCAUGUUGAGCCGAGGCCAUUGUAUGUUACAAGGACAAGGCAACCAAGGAUGCACAUGAGAUAUGACAAUCCAUGCAACUGAUGUGGUUAUUGAAGUAGCCAUUGGUACAUCAACCCUCUGGAAAGAUGUGUGAGCUACACGUGUACUUGUGAAUUUUUGAGUGGCUAACCAUGAAAAGAAGGCCGAUUCCUUUGAUACAUAACAGUACUGUGUUGAUUUGAAAGUCCAAGUGAGCUGGAAAAUUGCUUCUCUUCUUCAUAAUUAUGGGAAGGAGGAAAUUCUACAGAAGGUGAGCUCUGUCCUGGGUGUAGAGAGUGACAGAUUUCUGGAAUGUUUCAGGAGUGCUAAGAAAGUUUAUAAGCAGUAUCAGGGUAUGACAUGUAGGGUUGGCACAUUUGUGGGGGUUAUAGCAGAUGCUGCUCUUCUUGCUUGCUGCAUCCAGGUGAGGCCUGAAGAUCUUCCAGAAUUACAACUGAUCUCCAGGCCACAGAGAUCAGUCCCCCUGGAGAAAGUGGCUGCUUUGGAGGGGUGGGAAGACUAUGACAUUAUACCACACUGAGGUCCUGCCUUCCCCUAAACUGCAUCCUCUCCAAGCUCCACCCCCCAAAUCUCCAGAAAUUUCUGAAAAUGGAGCUGGCAACCCUACACGUUUCACAUAAGUCUUUUGCCCACAUUCUGAAUACUUGCCAAGUUAAAUUAAAUAUGCCUUUGUGCAAAACUAGAGAUGGACACAAAUUGGGGAAAAACCGAACCGUGCAGUUUGUGGUUCAUUGUGUUUCACGAACCACGAACUUUCAAAAACUUGCCCUGGUUCACAAACCAGUUCAUUUGGUUUGUGAAAACAUCACUUCCAGGUCAGCAAAAUAUCACUUCUGGGUCAGCAGAAAGUCUGCAGAAAGCCCAUCGCCCUUUGUUGCCUAGGAAACUGAUUGAUCGGUGCCAGGCUGUCUGCAGUGAUUAACCAAAAAAUGAACCAAACAAACCGGCCUAAAGUUCAUGGCAGUUUAUCAGAAAUGGGCUCUGACAAACCACCGAUUUGCGAACCACGAACCAGCCUGGUUCAUGCCGAACUUUGGUUCUUAUUUCAGUUCGUGCCCACCUCUAUGCAAGACUAUCUGCUGGGGGAUAGCACUCACUUGUUGCACGAUGACACACUUGGUGUUUCUAAAUGUCCAGACCAAGCAAGCUCACAGACUCACUUGCUCAUGCUCACUGGCUCACAGCUAGUCAUAUGAACUGGUGCAUUAUGCUUGGUUAUCACCCACCCUUUGCAAACAUGCAACUUACUGUUCCUUCUCAGUCUCUGUGGUCUUCGUCCUGAGCGGUCAGCAAGACAACAUCCUAAAACCCCUCUUCACAAAUUACAAUGAGCACAUAUACAAUCUGUGAACCAUGUAACACUUGGAUUUUUGAAGAAAAUGCGUUGAAUAAUUCUCAAGUUACUUUCAGCUCAUUUAUACAGGUACUGGUCCCUGGUCUUGAUUUCUUUCUUACAAAGAGAUGUACAUGUGUAUAUAAAGGAUAUAGGUAUGUAACAUGUGAACCAGGCCUAAGUCUUGCCUGGAUCCAUAGUGCUACAAGGUAGAGAGUAGCCCCAGAGUAGAGCAAUCACUACCAAUGCAAUGUGUUUAGUGUGAAAGUGCAACAGUGCUCAACUGUAAUUAUAACAAUUCAUGAAACUCCAAUAUCAAUACAAUCAAUCAAUAAGUCAAUAAAUAUA